CCAUGCUCCUCAUCAAUCUAGCAAACCACAUUCAUACAUUUCUUGUACUAAUUAAUCUCUUGUUUCUCUUACUUUGCAAGCAAACCCACCAAGGGAAAGCAAUGGGUUCUGAGUCUCUAGCUCAUGUUCUUCUUAUUUCUUUUCCUGGCCAGGGCCACGUAAACCCUUUGCUUAGACUUGGCAAGCGUCUUGCCUCUAAGGGUUUGCUUGUCACUUUCUCUACACCUGAAAUCACUGGCCGGCAGAUGAAAAAGUCAGGCAGCGUCUUUGAUGAGCCUACCCCAGUUGGUGAUGGCUACAUCCGGUUCGAGUUCUUUGAAGAUGGCUGGGAUGAUGAUGAGCCUAGACGACAAGACCUUGACCAAUACCUACCUCAACUUGAGCUUGUUGGGAAGAAGUUGAUUCCUGAGAUGUUCAAGAGAAACGCCGAGCAAGGUCGCCCAAUUUCUUGCCUCAUCAACAACCCUUUCAUUCCUUGGGUUUCUGAUGUGGCGGCAAGUCUUGGUCUCCCUUCAGCAAUGCUCUGGGUUCAAUCUUGUGCUUGUUUCUCUGCCUAUUAUCAUUAUUAUCAUGGUCUUGUCCCUUUCCCUAGUGAGGAAAACCCAGAGAUCGAUGUUCAGUUGCCAUGUAUGCCUCUCUUGAAAUAUGAUGAAGUUCCAAGCUUCUUAUAUCCUACAACUCCAUAUCCUUUCUUGAGGAGAGCUAUUUUGGGUCAGUAUGGGAAUCUUGACAAGCCUUUCUGCAUCUUGAUGGAAUCAUUUCAAGAGCUGGAGCCGGAGAUCAUCGAGUACAUUUCCAAACUGUGCCCAAUCAAGCCGGUUGGUCCUUUGUUUAAGAACCCUAAAGCACCAAACUCAGCUGUUCGAGGCGACAUCAUGAAGGCUGAUGAUUGCAUUGAAUGGUUGGACAGCAAGCCACCCUCAUCGGUGGUUUACGUUUCUUUCGGUAGUGUGGUGUACUUGAAGCAAGACCAGUGGGAUGAAAUUGCAUAUGGGCUAUUGAACUCUGGUGUCUCUUUCUUGUGGGUCAUGAAACCACCACACAAAGAUUCAGGAUAUGAGGUUCUUGUUUUGCCUGAAGGGUUUUUGGAGAAAGCAGGAGAUAAGGGCAAAGUAGUGCAAUGGAGUCCACAAGAGAAAGUUUUAGCUCACCCAUCAACUGCAUGCUUCGUGACACACUGUGGAUGGAACUCAACCAUGGAAGCACUCUCAUCUGGAAUGCCGGUGGUGGCUUUCCCUCAAUGGGGUGAUCAAGUUACAGACGCUAAGUACCUGGUUGAUGUCUUUAACGUUGGUGUAAGAAUGUGCCGUGGAGAGGCUGAAAACAAGUUGAUCACAAGAGAUGAGGUUGAGAAAUGCUUGCUUGAGGCAACCGUAGGGCCUAAGGCGGCACAGAUGAAGCAAAAUGCAUUGAAAUGGAAGGAGGCAGCGGAGGCUGCGGUGGCUGAAGGUGGUUCAUCCGACAGGAAUAUACAAGCUUUUGUGGACGAGGUGAGGAAAAGAAGUGUUGAGAUCACUAGCAAGUCAAGCAGCAGCCAGAUCAAUGAGCUUGAAGAUUUGGUGAACAAGCCAAGCAGCAACGGAAAAGCACAAGUAUUGGUGGAGUCCUCAGCAUGAAGAUAAUGUUGUCAUUUAAUUGUUAUGUUUAAUAAUUAAAAUAAGGCUAUGGUCUGUUGUUUUUUUUGUUCUUUUACUUUCAGUUCCUGGGGAUCAUUUUGCAUUUAAAAAAUAUAGGAAUCAUAUUUUGGGGUAUUAUCCUUGUUUGGUUGUUGUCAAUUGCUAGUUGUUACUAAGCCUUUGAAUAUCUAAUUAAUUUUGUUUCUCCCAA